UCCCUGGACGCCAUCAACACAACACUCGUCUCCUCCUUCUUCUCCUCUUUUCCACGUCUCCCGAGCCUGGGGAAGCUGCCGUCCAUCCUCUCCCGGAGUCGUCCUCACCCGUAAAUUAGCACCAACAUCUGUCCCUUCAGUUAGUACUGUAUGUGUGAUAUCCUAUUGUGGACUUGAGCAGCCAAUCCAUGAUGCUACCAGUGAUACUUUAAUCAUUGCUUCAGUCAGACUACUGAAAACUUUGUAAGGAAACGUAUUUAGAACCCUCAACAAAAAAGUGUGUGCUAUAGACAUCUUCAAUAGUUCAUUGACAAAUGAUUUUCAAGUUCUAUACGUGUUAAAUAAUGGUCAGUCUACAGUGUUUGUGUAGCCCUUGCUUUGUGAUGAAUGACCUGCCGAGUACAAAUCAUUAGCUUGUCGGCAACACCACGAAGAAACGAAGUGUACAGCAAGUAGAAGGCAAAUAUUGUUAGUGUUCAGAAUCAGAGUUACACACAAAUCGAAAAGUGUGUAAUCAAGAUGAUGUUUAAGAUGAGUGGCUUUUUUCUAUAUGCUUUCCUACAGAGAAAAGUGCUUAGGAUCAUAUGAAAGUGACUCAUAAGCUAUUGAACAUCAGUAGUUGUGAGCCAAAUAGUACUGGAAGUGGAGUCAGUGACUACAUGCUUGAAGAAACAGUAUUUCAGUGUUCUCUGCUUCUAGUCAGAUUUUGAAAAUUCAAGCAUAAAAAACAUUGGCAGGCAACUGGAUUCUAACCAAGCAGCAGCACUAAAUGAUUUACAAAAAUAAAUAAAAUAAAAGCUAACAGCUAGAAUGCUCCAUAGAGAAUUUGGUUAUAAUGAACAAUAACAAUGUCCCUGUAGGAUAACAUUUAUAUAUAGUUUGCUUAGCAGUCUUCAGUUAACAUCUUAAUCUGAAGAAUCACUGGAGAGUGACAGAUCACCACUCAUCAAGAUGAUGAGGCCUUAGGUACUUAGUGGGAGGGGAAUGAUUAUGUUUUGUCUCCCCACCAAGUAACAAGUGACUCGUGAGGAGGAAACCACAACACUGCAGUCUAGCCAAAAUGCAACAGACUGUAUUCAAUAAGGUAGUCUCUCGUAAUGCAUGCCAGCUAAUUGAUGAGAAUCACAAGGUUAGUGAUGUUAAUGAAUCUUUUAGAUAUUGUGGAAAGACAUUUCUUUCUGGCACAUCUCAGCCAGUACAUACAAUAAUGAAUAUUGACAUUGAUAAUGCAUGCGUUGAUAAUACCAGCACUGGUUUUGAUGUAACAACAUUCAAGCAACCAUUACCUCUUUCUGGAAACAUAAACUGCUCGCCUUGUCCCUCCACAUUUUCUAAUCAUGAUUUAUAUCAGUAUAAAGAUGAAAGUCAUAUAGAACAAACCUGCUUUAAAAGCAUAGAAAAGACAACAAAAAAUGCAAAAUCACAUUGUUUUAGGCAUUCUAAGAAAACAAAAAAGUCACAAUUGACCAUUAAGGAUUAUCCUCAUGAUAAGGAUUCUAAUGAAAUUAGUAUGAAUGAAAAUUGUCUAAUUGAUGUGGGUAAUGGCUUUCUAAAAGAUAUAGCAGGAGUCAAAGAAGUAGCUUCAGACAUGCACAGAAAACAUCUUUGCCAUAGAGAAUCACCUUUAAAGUAUAUUGAAGAUGUUAGGAAGGUUGCAUUACCCUCUACCAGUUGUGAUGAGACUAUACUACAUUCAGAUUCUCAAGAAAUUGUUGUGAAUGAUAUUGAGAAUGUAGAUGUUGAAACAGAUGACACAUUGGUUAUUAUCACCAUAUCAGAAAACCAGCAAAAUCAAGACGGUGAGGGAAGUUUGGAAGCUGGAUGUUCUAAUGUUCAACUUACAAGUAAUCCAUCAUGUAAAUAUCCUGAGAGUAGCUUGGGAGGUGAAUGUUCUACUGCCGUGCACAGUACAAAUAACAGCCCAUCUUUCAGAUAUCCCAUAGCUUUAAAAGACUGUUUUCUGCAGUGUCUGAAGUUUAUACAAGCAGGUUGUACAUGUGAGAGAGAGAAUUUAAUAUCACAGGAAAAUAAAACAAAAAUAAAUAGCUGCCCUACGUGCUGUUCUGAGGUGAGCUGCUUUUUAUGUUCAGACACGUUCUCCUGUUAUCAUCUAAAGAACCAUAUGAUGAAGAAUCACGCUGUAAAGAUAAACAACAAUAUGCUUUCUAACCCAGAUUCUGAUUUCUUAGAUAUAGUAUCUGAGCACUUGAAAAUGUUAGAUUGCAACUGUGCUCAUUAUGAGUGUGGGAGAUGUAAAUUAACAUUCAGAUUACGCAUUGACUUGUUACAUCAUAUACUAUUAGAUCACCGUCGGUUUUACUCUCCAUAUUCCCUCCACUCUGAUGGGCACCUUGCCAUUAACUGUCCUCAGUGUGCAAUAUUAGGAAAACUAAGCAUUGUAAACUAUUAUCUGUUUAUCAAAGUUUUACUUAGAAUGGAAAAGUGUCCAGAAGAGAAAUAUACAUUACUACUGGAGUGGUGCCCACCUAAUGUUUCUUUAAAAAAUGCAAUAGUAUGUGUGAAUGAAGAGUCACACGCGGAGUCACAGCUCUCCACCUGUGACAGAGCUGGGGAGGUGAUGUGUUACACCAUUCUCCAGAAAGCUCAGUCAGGCAAAAGGACACCAAGAAUUAAAAGAAAGAAGUCUUCUGAGUCUAAUGAUUGCAUUUGUCCAUUGUUAAAGUGUCCCGACUGCCCCAAAACUACUACAAAUUUAGGAGAUCUUCGAAAGCAUGUCAGGUUAAAUAAUCAUAAUAACUGGAACAGUAUAAGAGAAUUGUGGAGAAAGUAUAAAAUUAUUAAAGAAAAUUGUCCUGCUUGUGAAAAGUUCCAAUAUUUAGAUUAUAUUUUGUGUCCACACUGUCCACAUAUACAUUUUGAUGAUGAAGAAGCAGCAGACACACACAUGAAUUUAUUACAUCGAGGGAAUGUUGGCAAAUCCGCAAUUAAAACUGACACGGGUUGCACUUGUGCAAAGCAGUUCCUUUGUAUGACAUGUGACAAAUAUUUCUGCACUCCUCAAGGCCUUCAUCAUCACAUGAGACGACUUGGGCACGAGACGAGGGCAAAUUUUGAUGCCCUUCCUGGAAUGAUUAAGACGAGGAUAAAAGAUAAGAAGAAAUGUCCACGUUGCUCUUUAUUUAUAUCAUCCAAAUCUCAAACUGUAGGAAGUGAGGAAGAACCGGAGGAGUGCAGCUGCGAGUGGGCCGUGUGUAACACGUGUGGCAAUUCAUACAAAAAAAUUUGUGUUUUACUUGACCACAUGAGAAAAAUGGACCACCCAGUUAAUAUAGAGUAUAUAGAGAAAGAGCGAAAAAAGUUAAUUUCAGCAUUUAAAGGUUGCCAGAAAUGUAACAAUAUGGAAGACAGAUAUUGCAUUUUCUGUAACACGAGACAAAAUUUCAUUUACCAUCAUAUGAAAACUCACCACCAUGAUCAGCAGCUCAUGGUGUUAAAUGGGAACAACUGUGAGCUGUUAGAUGAAUAUGAUUUAGACAAUAUAGAAAGAGAUAUUGCAAAAUAUGAGUGUAGUGUGUGUCUCAAGCGAUUUUUACAUUCUACCACACUUAGAAACCAUGUGCGCAAAGUUCAUCCCGAUUGUUAUUUCACUCUUCAUUGUAUAGAUCUUAGUGGUGAUACGUUGAAAAUGGAAGAUUUCGCUAGUCGAAAGGAAAUAAAGGUGUUGGCUAUUGUAUAUACAAAUGAAAAGAAUGAUGGAAAGAUGAGUAAGUGAAAACCACUAUUUGUUGUAGGAAUAAUUUGGAUAUAUAUACUAGCUAUGUAUUCCAUGUUUUUAAUUGAAAUUUGAAUACUGUACUAGAUUUUGAGAAUUACAUAAUUUUUAACUCGUUUCCAAGUUUCCCUAAAGGUGAUGUUAUGACCCCAUAACAUAUGUAUUACUGUACCAUAAUGGUAAUACAUAUGCAGAUAAGUCACAAUAACAUGGCUGAAGAUAUGGUGACCAAACCAGACAUCAGAAAAUUAAGAAAUAACGUUUUGGUCCAUCCUGGACCAUUACCAAGUUGUGUAAUAUAAGAGAAGAAGGGACAAGCAAAUAAAUAAGGUAAGAGUAUGAGAUGAGAGUUGAGGAGCAGGUAAGAGAAAAAUAAGUUGAAAGGUAAGAAUAAGAGGAAAGGCAAGAAUAAAAAAAAGUGGUAAGAAUAAGAGAAAGGGGUAAAGCUUAAGUCAGAUCAUAUUUGUUAAGCAGGUUAAAGCAUUGAAGUACAUACCCGUACAGUGGAACCUCGGUAUUUGGACUUGGUUCCUGAAGGCAGGACGAAUGCCGGAAAGUACAGAUACUGAAGAAGAAAAAUCCCAUAAGGAAUAAUGUAAAUUGGAUUAAUCCGUUCCAUACUAAACAAAUAAAUAUAUUUAUGCAAAAAUUCAAUGAAAUAAAUGCUAAUACACUACACACUUUACUUGCUAUUAGGAGAAUUGAUGGCAUAUGUGGAAGGUGGUGAGGCAGAGGAAGAGAGAUGUUAUUCU